UUUUAUAGAUACAUAUCGAAUUUAUAUAUUCAUUAUUAUAUUUCAUUAAAUUGCCGUCAGAUGGCUAUUCAUAUCUGUUGCAUACAUCAAUGAUUAUACGCGUGGCGUGAAAAAAUUUAAGAAGUUUGAGAUGACCUAUAUUUAUACUUAAUUGCUAAUUUUUUUUAAAGAUUACAUUAUGGAAUGUAAUUAAUUUCUAACAGUGUUAUAAAUAUCAAUUAAAUAAAAAAUUAAAAAUAUAAGAGUUUAUUGAAUAUUGAUUGUUUUAUCUAAAAAUGAUGCAUUUACAAUGUGAUAUAGCCUGUUGUAUUUCAAUUUUAUUUAUUUCAAAUUUUGCCAAAGCAGAUUCUCAGGAUUAUUCGAAUCUUCAGGAAAAAACAAUACAUUUGCUUGAUAAAAAAUUUAAUUCUAAUGAAUAUUCUGAUAAUGAUGAAAGAGAUAGAGGAUUUUUAGCUAGUGAAGAUAGUGAAGUACCUGUUUCAAAUACAUUUGAUAAAAAUAUUGUAUGGAAAUCUCAAUGGGCUAACAAUAUCAAAUUUGGUCAAAUAUCUGGAGUAUCCAUAGAUCCAAAUGGAAACAUUGGAAUAUUUCAUAGAGGAUCACGAGUAUGGGCUACGAAUACAUUUGAUAAUACAAAUAGAUUUGAUAAAAAUAAAGGCCCAAUUCAAGAAAAAACUAUAGUUUUGUUAGAUAAACUUGGAAGAAAGUUAUUAGAAUGGGGUGCAAAUAUGUUUUAUUUACCACAUGGUUUAACAAUAGAUAUGUAUGGAAAUUAUUGGGUUACUGAUGUAGCCUUACACCAAGUAUUUAAAUUUGAUGCAAAAGAUAUAGCAAGGAUGAAAGACAUAACUAAAUUGAAAAAGAGACAAUACAUUCAAAAAAAAAUGUUUUUUAAUAAUCAUAAUUUUGAUCCUUUGUUUGAGAAUAAUGAACUCAAACCUUCAAUGAUUUUAGGAGAAGCUUUUGAACCUGGUCAUGAUGAAAAACGAUUUUGUAAACCAACAGCUGUUGCUGUAGAAAGCAAUGGUGAUUUUUUUGUCAGUGAUGGUUAUUGUAAUUCUAGAAUUAUUAAAUUCAAUGCUAAAGGAGAAAUAAUUUUGCAAUGGGGUCGACAUUUGAAAAUGGAUGGAAACAUAUAUGAUCUAACUCAUCUUUCAUCAAAUGUAUUCAAUAUACCUCAUGCUUUAGCACUUGCUAGUGAAUUGAAUUUACUUUUUCUUGCUGAUAGAGAAAAUGGUAGAGUUUUAUCUUUUUUUGCAACUAAUGGAACUUUCCAUAAGGAAUAUAAGCAUCCAAUUAUUGGUAAAAAAAUAUAUAGUGUAGCAUAUGCCAGAGAAAAACUUUAUUUGGUUAAUGGUCCUGAUCUGAAUUAUAAAAUACACAUUCGAGGAUUUAUUCUUGAUGUAAAUUCAGGAAAUAUAACAUCUCAAUUUGGUCCAAGACAAGAUAUGGACAGACCACAUGAUAUAGCUGUAUCUGAGAAUGGUUCAGAAAUAUAUGUAGUAGAAUUGAAUAUAAAUACUGCUUAUCAAUUUUUCCAAGAUACAAAUACAUCAAUGCAAAUUGGAAAUUCCAUCAUACACGCAAAUCCUCACCAUGAACCAGCACCUUUAAUGGACAGAGCUAUUAACAAUCUUUCUGGAGGUACUACAACAGCAACAUUAGUCUUAUCCCUUGUUACAGCAGCAGUCAUUUUUAUUGCCUUCUGUAUAGCAAUUGCUGCAGUUGUAGCAAGAUGUCAAAAAAGAGGUUCAUAUGUUGUAAAUGAAAUAUAUACAUAUUUUCAUUUCAAGAAUGUUUUUUGUUAUUCCCCUGCGCAUUGUCCUAUUUAACUUCAGUAUUUUCAAUGGAUCGUGAUGUUUAUUAAUAAUGCACAAGCGAAUGCGCUGGGAAUCGGACAAACGAGAAAACUUUAGACUCUCAAAUCUUUUGGAAAACAGAAGAUGCAAAAAUUUCAAGAUAAUGGAGAAACGACCAAAUCCGCGAGACUUUAGUAAAUUGAAUACUGAACCAGAAACCUCAGAAGAUGAAUAUCCGGAGAAUAGUUUUACAAAAGUCAUUUCAUAAAGUUAAAUAUAUACUUUGAAUGAAUCAAGUAAUAUGUAUUCUUAAAAACAUAUUGUUUUUCUUUCUCUUUUAUAAUAUAAAUUUGAAUCUGUG